UUUUGUAGCUUUUAUUUAAGAAAAAAAAUAUUUUUGUAUACUAGUAAUCAAUUUUAUAGUUAGUUUAAUAGAAAGUAUAAUAUAUAUUUAUACGGACCAACUUAUUUUUCUAAAGAUUCUAAAAAUCAACCUAGCGAUGACACGUGGUUACGAAAACAUGUUGUUUAAAAAUCAACCUAGCGAUGACACGUGGUUACGAAAACAUGUUGUAAUUUUAUUUCCUUUAACUCCUUGUGAAAAUUGAAUAAAUUUUGAAAUUCGUUAAUUAAUUUACUUUGAGAUCGUUUACACAAGUAGUAAUUUGAUAAUCUGUUUAAUUAAAGAUAAACAUGACUUUCUUAAAAUAUGGUGACUGCACUAUUUUAACAGUCAGACGCUCAAAAGAAUUGUUCCACAAAAGAAACACCACUUCAUUUUCAAUACUACUAUGAGUUUAUAUUUAUCCACUGCCUAAAUUAAAUGAAUCUUGGAAUUUUCUAGACAUUGAGAUCUUGAUAAAGGAAAGAAUAAAACAUAAGAGCAAAAGGAAAGCUAUGUCCUUCGAAAAUUAAUGGGGGCACAGAAUCCGAUCAAACGUUAAUAACUAUGCCAAAAAUCAAGCUUCGUUGCUCUCUAGUUUCAAUGUUCCUUAAUUAAUCUGAAAAGGUUUAGUUCCCAAUAUAGCAUUUAAUGGAUCAGUUAGUAUAGGAUUAGUUAAUGAGUAAUGGUAAUUCGUUGGGUGAGCCUAAGGGUUAAAGAAACCAACUUUCGAAAGUAUAAAUGUAGCUCGUUAAAUAAACUAAAUUAGAUAUGGAUAAGUUUGAAAGAUACUUAGAAACUAACAGUACUACUGAAUCUCCUACUCCCUCUGUUCAUUAUACUUUGUGUUGAAGGUUAAUGCACGUAUAUUAAGAAAAUGCAAAUUUUUUUCUAUUUAUAUUAAUUGCAUAAAAACAUUAUCAAAUAAAACUAAUUCAACCGAUAAAAACAUGUACUAAUACUCCUUCUGUUCCUUAAAGAUCUAUUUUUUAGAAAAAAAAUUGUUUCAAAAAAAUAUAUUUUUAUAUUUUCAAUACAUUAAUUAAUGAAAAAUUGUACUUUUCAAAAAAUGCAAUUGUGUUUAAUAAAAUAUCAUUGGUUAAAUGUUAUUGGAAAUAAUUAAUUAAGAAAAUAAUGUAUUAGAAAAUACAAUUUUAAAUAUUUUUUUAAUAAGUGUGAAAAAACUAUAACAUUGAUUUCGUAGGUAGUCAAUAGAAUUUUUGUCUAGGAUAAAGAAAACAUUGCUUAUAAUAAAACUAAAUAAAAAUCUUAAAACACCAAGUAAAUUGUAACAAAUGGAGUAUGAACUAGUAUAACAUUGCUACGUCAUCAAGAAUUUUUUUAAGAACGAUUUAUGAAUGCUUUUCUAAAAAAAAAAUUUAAAAAAAAACUCACGACAGUACGUCUAAAAACUGUAAGCUAAAUGUACAAUAUUUAUUUUUAUUAUUUACUAUUGUUUUUGUAAAAUGAUACAAUCAACACAGGAUAUAUCAUUUAUUUUGAUCUCGCAGAAUUUACAGUUUAUUGUUAUAUCUAUUAUUAUUUGAUGCAUUUAUGAUGGUCAGUGCGUAAAGAAAAGAUUAUGUUAUACCGAUGGUCAUGUGAGGAGAGAGUAGUAAAUAUUGUCACAGGAGACAACUCAAAGAAAAGUGUUAAGAGUUUAUUUAAUUGAGAGGGAAUAUUUGGGAGAAUGAAGAGGGAAUUAGAAGCAAAUCUUAAUGUUCUUUAGAGUUUACUUGUUUAUGCUUACUUAAUGAAACAAACAAAAUCUACUUUCUGGCGGAAUAUUUUCUUAGGUAUUAUAUAAAUUUAAAUAAAAUCAAUAAUACGUUUCAAUAAUUGAAUUAAUGUUUGCAUGAUACAUGGUUUGUGUGCAAAUACAUAUAUACGAGCGUCUUGUAUUGUACACACGGAUGCGUAUCUGUAGCUAUGAGUAUCAUGCAUGUUUGUGAGUACGUUUGAUAAGAAAGGUACUUUUGCAAAACAUUACUUUUUCUUUCCCUACAUUUGGAAGGCAAAUACACAAAGUAUAUUAUUCCAUAUCAAAGUAGGAGAAAAAAAACAGAAAAUUCUUUAUGGAAUUAUCGAAUAGCAUAAUCAAAUACUUUUAAAUGCUAUUGCUUACAACUUUCUUCAGUUGAAUAUUAUGAUUACUUAUUUACAAAUUUCAAAAUGAUUCAAAAUAGUCGAUGGAACAAUAAAAUUUAGUAUUCGUAAAAAAAAGUACAAUUAUAAACAGAACUAAAAAAUGAAACAAAAUCAAAUUUUAAACAUGAGAUCAACAACAUAAACAAAUCAAAAUCUAUUAAAUAAAAUCAUAACACUCAGUUAAGCUUCAUGAUAUAAAUCGCGUAUAAUUACAUGUGUUAAAACGACAGAUCAUUUUGAUUUGAUUUUCAUAUACUCCCUCCGUUUUUUUAUAUAUGAUGUUUUAGAAGAUUUUUUUUUGUUCUAAAAUUUGACGUUUUCAAUUUUUUAUAUAAAAUUUAUUACUAAUUAAUACUAGAUGAUAUUAUAGUUUCUAUUUUAUUAUUGGUUAAAUUAUGGUUAGGUAAACAAUUAGUGAUGUUUUUGUUUAGAAAUUAAAUAUUUUUUAAUCUAUGUGUACAAUUCUAAAGCGUCGUAUAUAAAAAACGGGGGGAGUACUUCACGAAUUGGUCAAACAAGUACCCGGUUGAUUUUAUAGCCUACAUAUAUCUCUACAAACUACAUGUCUACACGAGCUAUUCAUAAACUCCAGAGCGUACUGAUAUUUAAUGUAUAUUUAUCCUUUUAGGUAUAGUUGAACAAUCUACGGUCGGGAGCUUGAAUUUGUUUGAUUCCAAAAUCGUAUAAAAUAAAAUGAAUAUAACCAAAAGAAAAGUGAAUAGAGAGAGAGUGAUGUGAGAAGCGAAGAGAGUGGGGGAGAAAAUAGAAAAGGAGUCAGAGAGGACACAGUCUCGUCUCUCUCUCAACAUAUGUAUCCCGUCGUCUCCGGGGUACCAAAAUCGAAGCACCCUAUUUUUUAUUGAUUUAAAUUAAAUAUUUAUAUGUUUUGUGCUUGUUAUCAUAUACCAGUUUUUAUUAAUUUAUUUAAUCAACUUUGGCUUUUGCUUUGACCAUAGAUUUAGAUAGGACAGAAGAGAGCGACCCUUUAUUCGGUCUCUUCUCUUAUAUCCUUCUCCAACAUUUUUAACAAUAUUCUUCAUCACAAUCUUUCUUUUAUUCUUCAUCAUAAUCUGUGAACAUGUAAUUUUUAAUACACCAACAUAUAAUUUUAUUUAUUACUGAAAUUGUUAGGAUUCAAGAUAAGAUUGAAUUAAAGUUUGUUUGACGUAGAUAUAAAUAUGUCUGUAUAUAUUUUCAACUAUUGUAAAAAUAUAUUGUUGGCGAUAACAAAUUGUUUACUAGUAACUAGUUAUAACUAAUUUGUACUUAAAUCCGACUUCAGAUAUUGUUAUCAAAACAACAAUAAAAUUUUUUUAAAAAAUUAUCAACGAAAAAGAUUUAUCAGAAAUUUAUAAUUUAAAUUUAAAUCAAUGUAUUAAUUCAAUAGAAAACAAAUUUUAUUUAUUAUAAAUAUUUUGAUUAUUGUAGCUGAAAAAGAAAUUCUCAGUUGUCAAUAAUAAAACAAAAUUAAUAAGGGAUGAAGCGGUAAAACAUGUUAUUAUAUCGGUAUAUGGUGUUUAAAAUAUCAUCCGAAAAUAAACAAAAGAUUACAAUAUUUGGAAUUUACGGAAUGACAAUUUUACCCUCUCUCAACUAUCGUUUUCCGAGAUAUACUCCCGAGGAACAUCUCAUACAUAAACACAUACAUUGAUACAUACACAUGUACAUAGUUACAUACGCACACAUCUCUCUCUCUUACCUGUUUUUAUUUUCCUGGAUUUAGUUUUGUUCCUUUUUCUCUUCUGCCUUUGCUUCACAACACACAUACCUAUCUCUCUCUCUCUCUCUCUCUCUCUCUCUCUCUCUCUCUCUCUCUCUCUCUCUCUCUGCGUCUUACUUUGAGCAUGUUUGUUUCUUCAAGAACAUUCAUAACUCAACUUCUCUCUCUUCUCUUCCUUAUAUUCCUCUUCAAAGCUCCUCUUUAACUUCAUCCCUCUCACUUUUUCUUUUCUUCUCAGAUAUAGAGAGAGAAAUUGAGGAAAAUAAUAUCAAAUCUUUCAGACACCCUUUUGACUUUCUUUGCUCAAAGAAUCCCUCUUUUAUAUUAGAGAAUAUCAUUUUAAAUUCAGAAGCAAAACCCUCAAGAGAAAUAAACAAAAGAAAAAUCAUCACCCACCCAUCAUCAUUCAUCACCAUCAUCAUCAGUAGCAACAACAAUAACAAGAGGAGAUUUCUGGAAGGUUGUCUUAACUAUUUCCAUGGAAGGAGUUUUUCUAGAGAAACCAAAAUCAAACACAACUCUCCCUGAUCUUUCUCUCAACAUCAGUCUUCCAGAUAUUACUUCCAAAGAACAUUAUAGAAGACCAUCCCAAACCGACAACAACAGAUCAUCAAACUUCGAGCUCUCCUUGUCUCAUCACCAUAACCCUAGUUCAAAUCCAACCACAAGAAUCAUCCAUUCUCCUGAUCCAAGAAACCUAAAUCUUCCUCAUCAUCAGCAUUACAACAACCCUAUCCUGAAUGGUGGAAGUCUUCAUCAAAGAGUCAAUGGAUCAGAUAUUAACAGUAUCCACCGUCCGAUUAGAGGCAUCCCAGUCUAUCAGAACCGUUCAUUCCCUUUCCACCAACAAACCUCUUUACCUUCUCUUGGAGGAGGAGGUGACUUGGAUCAAAUCUCAAUAUUAAACUCAUCUUCCGGCUAUAACAACGCUUACCGGUCGUUACAGUCUUCUCCAAGGCUAAGAGGUGUUCCUUUGCAUCAUCAUCAUCAUAAUCAUUAUGGAGUUGUUGGAUCUACGGACUCUUCUUCUCCUCAUCACCAUGGGAUGAUCAGAUCAAGAUUCUUGCCUAAGAUGCCGACAAAACGGAGCAUGAGAGCUCCGAGGAUGCGUUGGACGAGUAGCCUCCACGCGCGGUUUGUUCACGCCGUUGAGCUUUUAGGCGGCCAUGAAAGAGCAACUCCGAAGUCGGUUCUUGAGCUCAUGGAUGUUAAGGACUUAACUCUAGCUCAUGUAAAGAGCCACUUGCAGAUGUAUCGAACUGUUAAGACCACUAACAAGCCUGCUGCUUCAUCAGAUGGGUCAGGAGAAGAAGAAAUGGGUAUAAAUGGAAAUGAUGUUCAUCAUCAAUUAUCGACAGAUCAAAGGGCACAAUCUGACGAUACUUCUCCCAAUCAAGAAAUUGACUUUCCUUCCACACAACCUCGUUGGAGUAACUCUUCACGAGAGACAUGGCCAUUAAGUAAUAACUACUCAAGCGACAUAGAUACGAUGAUCAGAACGUCAUCAACAUCAGUGAUCUCUCACCAUCAAAGAUCCAUCCUUCAAAAUCAGGAGCAACAACGACCGAGCGAUCAAACAAAGAGGUGUGGAGAUCUUAGUUGUAACAAUCCAAGUUUGGAGUUUACAUUAGGAAGACCCGAUUGGCACGAGAAAUGACUUUCUCGAUCCAGUUCGAUUUGAAUAUACUGUUUUUCUCUCUCUCUCUCUCUCUAUAUAUAUAUAUAUAUUUGGAGCAUGUAUGCAGCUGUCAUUGUUACAAUGAAUCUCUCAGCUGAAAAGUUGAAGAACACGUAGAGAGCUAAGCCGCUCAAGAGUGUUGAUUUUUGCAGAUAGAGAAUCAUUACAAAAAGGAAGAAACGUUGGAGAUUCUUCUUCUUCUUCCCAAGUUCUAUUGAUGGUUUGAUUAUAAAGUGGAUGAUCAAUGUAUGAGUUUUUGUUUUGGUUUUCUUUAUAUCUAGAGUUGAUCUGUGGUGUUAUCAUUUAUAUAAUUGGAAGAUCACCAAAAUUUGGUGAAAGUUUUUUAUUUCCCUUCUUGGAAAGCCUCUUGGUGAGGUAGAGGGUUCCUUUUUAUCUUUUGGCUUCCGCAACUUAAAUGUAGAGAGAGACCUGAGUUGAUUUCUUAUGUAUACUAAUCAUUUUUAAGUA